AUGGGGGUUGAGCAUAGCACUAUUGAACUAAACUACUUUAUUGACUCAAUUAUUGAACAUGUACGGGAGAAAAAAGUAAGUUUAGGCAUUAUUAGAAGGGCUUCUCUGAGCUGGAUCGGAGUAAGAGACUACAGCAUCAAGGUGUGUGAAGAUUUGUUUCUGCAUUUAAUCUUCAGUAAUAGAAGAGUAUGCCAUCAAUUUUGCAUGGAAGAUAUUAGAAAAGCAACCAACAACUUGGACAAUAAACUUCUCCUUGUAGAAGACACCAAUGAUUUUUGGUUGUACAAAGGUUGUGUCGAGUAUAACGGUACAAGUGAUUAUACAAUUACAAUAAAACGCGGGAACCCUACUAAAAAGAAAAAUGAGGAGGAUAGCACCCGUUCAUAUAUGGUGAAGGAAAUUGAGGUGCUAUGUCAGCUUCGUCACCCAAAUAUAAUCUCACUUAUAGGCUUCUGCGACAAUGAAAAUGAAAUCAUUGCUGUGUACGAAUACAUGGCCAAUGGAUCACUUGAUGAUUACUUGACAAAUAGGAAUAACCAACCACUUUCAUGGAAGAAAAGACUAGAGAUCUGCAUCGGAGUAGCACGUGCUCUACACUAUCUUCACUCAGGAGUCAAGCGCGUUAUCAUUCAUCGUCUUAUAAAUUCAAGUUAUAUUCUUUUGGAUAACAAUAUGAUGCCCAAACAUGCAUAUUUUGGACAUUCCUUGCAAGGACCACUCUCUACCUCCAAGCCAAAACCAAUUAUAGAUGUUCUUCAGGGUACCACCACCCAUUCUUUCACAUACAUAACUCGGAAGCGGCUCCCAGACGUAAACCAAGUUGUAGACCACACUCUUCCAACGCUUAGGCCUCACAAACAAACCCAACCACUGUCCGGUUCUAGAUGUGAUAUUCGGCAGAAAGGACAAGGAUUUGUUGGUCAAGAAGGUCAAUAUGUUUGCAAGCCUACACUUCGGAAAGAGCACGAUUGAAUUACGGGAACAUCUUCCCCUUAGAGGCUUCUGUCUCCGGGUAAGGGAGCUCUUAUGUAAGAAGAUCCCUAUAGAAGAGAUGGUUGAUCCAGAUCUUAACGGAAAGAUUUCACCCGAGUGUUGGGAUGCAGUAACGAGUAUUGCUCAAAGAUGCAUAGAAUAUGAAGCAGAUGAGCGACCAACAAUGGGUGAAGCAGAGUUGUUGCUUGAGCGUGCUCUCUCAUUGCAGCAACAAGCUGAUGAUAUUACAAACACCAAUGCUGCUCAUUACACCUUAUCCUCCACCACCUAUAUUCAUGAGCGACGAUCAAUUUGUAUUGAUGCCAAUAACAUAGAGGAUAUACUAAGCCAUCAAUUUUUCCGGCUGAUCUUG